UGCGGUCUCCCUCUCCGCGUGUGAAGAAUCUGAUAAAUUCUCUCUCCUCCUCCUCCGGCGGCCUAACGACCAACCAUCAGAUCAGAUCCGUCGAUCUCGAUUACGUCUCAGCCGUCUGAUUCGCCGCCGGUAGGUGUCCUAUUCGUCUACGACCGUUGUUGUCCUGUCACAACUUGCGAAUCUCCGAGCACGCUUCUGCAUCCGACGAAUCUGGGAAAAAAGAGUAUUACCAUGAUGGGCUUUGUAUGAUAAACACUGCUUCCAACUCAUGCACUGCAAAGAUGUCUUGGAUGAAGGGCAAAUCAUCUGGUUGGGCUGCCUUUGAUCUCAAGCAGAGGCAGAAACAAGGACUCGGAAGCGGGGUUGAGGCGGACCCUUUUCCGCCUGUCUCAAACGGUUUACCUCCACUAGAUGCCAGAGGGAAGCCGAGAAAAGAUCAUGAACCUUGUGUAAAAUCUUUCUCAUCAGUUGUGACAUCUCCAUUGGACUUUCCGAUCUUGACUGAGAAUAAGGAUUGCAGAAACCAUGCAAGUAGUGGCAGUUGCGGUAGCAAAUCAAGCACUUCAAUUGCACCAGUUAACAGUCAUGAUUCGGCCAUUAAGAAGCUCAAGGAACUUUACAGCUGGGCAGAUGAUAACUUGAUAACAGAUAUAUUGUUAGCUACAAACGAUAACUUUGAGAUGGCUUUAGAUUUUCUAGGAGGGAUCGUUUCUACUGGUCACUCUUCACAGAAUAGUGAUAUCACGAAAGCUGAAGAGCUAUGGUCAAACGUAGACAGCUUUUCAUCUGAUAACGGAAGGUUCGCUGAUGAGGCUUCCAUCAAUCUACCAGACGGUGAAGGAAGUACCUUUAUGGUGAAACCUUCCAACAGCACAAAAACCACUGAUGUUAUUUCCGACCUGGAUGUGGUUAUUCAGAACCUUCGGUCCAUACCUUUAGAACCCGAGUGGGAAGAGGAUGAUCUUUAUUUGAGUCAUCGCAAGGAUGCCCUGAAAAUGAUGAGGUCAGCAUCACAUCAUUCAAGAGCUGCUAAAAAUGCUUUUCUAAGAGGUGAUCAUUCUUCCGCCAAGUACCAUUCUGAGAAAGCGAGGGAGGAUUGGUUAGCGGCUGAGAGGCUAAAUUCUGAGGCAGCCGAGAAAAUUUUGAGUAUAACAAAUAGGAGCAAUGACACAUGGAAGUUGGAUCUCCAUGGUCUCCAUGCAACAGAAGCUAUUCGAGUUUUGCAAGAACGUUUACAGAAGAUUGAGAGUCAAGUAACGGUGAAUCGCUCAGUAUCCCCAAAUCGAUGCAGAGUAAAGAAUGGGGCUGUAAGGUCUGCAUCACAAGAGCCUUGUAGUAGAUUGAAUAUGGAGAGGCGAGAUGUUCAAAGGACGUCUUCCAGGCAACUUCAAAACUCGUUGCAGGUUAUAACAGGUAUCGGGAAUCACAGCCAUGGACAUGCUUCACUCCCUAUAGCUGUGAAGAGAUUCGUCGAGGAUAAAGGGUAUAAGUUCGAUGAGACAAGACCAGGAGUUAUCACAGUGCGGCCUAAGUUCCGACACAGCAGCUGAGGAGAGGAACAGCUCCACAGUGAAGCAAUGAGAGAGUUGCCUUACAUUGCAGGUUCCUUUUCUUUCUUCACACUUCAAUGUUGUUGUUUGUAACAUAGACCCCUCAGGUUAGACUUAGACCAGUUGCUUGUUGCACAAAUUCACACUUCCAUAUGAUUCUUUCUGUUUAGAAUAAAACUCAAAGACAGAAAAUGUAAACCGAUGCUAUUUUUGGUAAACAAAGUCUCCUCUUUUUUUCUCUUUUCA